AUGGUUAUCGUGGAUGUUCAAGAUCGCAAGGUUCAGGCAACCGCCUCGCCUGCCUUGCCAGACUAUGUCACUUCGCCGAACGCCGUGUUUGGAGAUGAGGGCGUUCAGUGGAGGUAUGGAAGAGCGCCGGAUUACACAAAGACGCGGAAGGUGUGGAGAGAGGGAAAAACGAUGAGCCACCCAUCCGGCAGUUUACCGGAGCUGGUGGAGAACUUGGUCAAGAACUGGGAAGUUGAAGCUUCCUUCAAGACUCGUCUUCAGGACUGGAGAACGGUCGAUCACGCCAACUACACCUUCUCAGUCAACGGUGGCCCGGCACAAACUGGAGAACAUAUGCUCAAGGUGGGCACGUACAACGCCGUAAUCACGCCCAACGAGUACUACAGCCCCGACUACUCCGACUUCGCGUCCAGCCACAAGACGUUCAAGCGCAUGAUGCCCACCUUUGCAUGGGAAGUUGUCGAGGUGUACAGCGGUCCGCCAUGUGUUGCCUUCAAGUGGCGACACUGGGGUGUCAUGAAGUCAGAUUACGUAGGCUUCAACAACAAGGGAGAGAAAGUCACAGCAAAAGCUCACGGAGGUCCCAUCGACAUUCAGGGAAUGACGGUGGCAAGAGUUGACGACAAGCUUCGGUUGCAGGCUGUAGAUACAUGGUUUGACUCGUUGCAAAUGUUUCAGCAGAUUGCACCAAACGGCGUUGUUAAGAAGGAAACCGCCGACAACAACCUGGAUCCAGAGGCCAGACUCGAUGCUACCAUUGCUGUUGAGGAGAAGAUGACACCGCAGGAGCUUCGAGACUUACACGUGGGUGCCACAGGGAACGCCGGAGGUUGCCCUAUGAUGAAUAGAGAGUAG